GCAUGCGUUCCCAUGUUUGUGUGUUUCUCAGCUGGACCUGAUUCUGACAUGUAUUCCUCUUUCACUCUGCGGUUUUGAUGACCCCCCGGGGCCCGGAAGGCAUGGGAUUAUUUCAAAAACACGUCAAAGGUCGUGACACGGUCACAGGCACUAUUCCUGCGGUGUGCUUCGAUCCCUGCAAUAAUGCCAAUCUCGAGGCGCAGACCCGUGGGAAGGUACCCUCGUUAUGCGACCGUGACAGUGAUUUCAACAAAUACUUGAAGCAAUGUAAUGAUUGUUUGGACAACUAUUCAGAUACAACCAAAAUUAAUGGUCAAGAUUACGUUAAUGGCUCAUUUCAGCAGUACAUAGAUUACUGCAGCGCCACCCAACCCGAGGAACCUACUAUUAUAUCACGACCAAGCACGACAAUACCUCAGUCAUGGCUCAGUUACUACGAAACCUUUCUCCCUAUCGCAGCUACCAAUAUUCAAGCUUCGGGGAUCACGAUUGCAGAAAGUACAACGAUCUACAGGAAAACAACUUCUGCAUCAACACUGCCUGCCUAUUUCUUUCAUACCUCAGUACAGGCCCUAGUAUCCUCAUAUAUUCCACCUGCAGUGCUUAGCGAGCUUGCAGCAUCUGUUGUCUCUGUUGCGUCAAGCCUCACUACUGAUCCAACAAGCUUGGUCUAUGCAGCCCUCGAGGACGAGUCCCGGCCACCAUGGUUCUCUUCGGCUGUUCCAUCUACAUACAUUGCGGAAAUGAAAUCCUUGGAGGAGAGCAUCGACAAUUUGAGGGCUAUCCCUAUCUCAACGACGUCUCAGGCUGUUUCAACCGUGAGCGAGUCGGUGCUGCCAUCGAACACAUCUUCGGUACAGGGCGCGACUUCAACUGGCUUAGGCAGUAAAGCCUGGAUUGCUGGCGCCGUUGUCGGCUCGGUUGCGGGCGCAGCCUUGCUACUCCUCGGUACAAUUCUAUUCGUGAGGCGCAAGAAGCUUGCUGUGCGGGCAAGCAAAACGCAGGGGGGUCAGGGGGAUAGCUACGACACAGGACUCAAGCCCGAAUUGCAUGCAGAGUCGGUGGAGCCGCCCCGACCUAUCUAUGAGAUGGACGCGACCAACUUGUCGGAACUGGCAGUGCAUGAGAUGCCUCAGGAAUUAGAUGUUCAGCAAGAGAGCAAGACAAGAUGAGGACGGUCUAGUCCGGGAUGGAUCACUUCGGCGAUACGGCUUCGAUACCUCGAAGGAUAGCCUGAGACGUCGAUUAAUCACGAACUAGACAGCAACAAGACAUUGGCCGGGGUCAGCUGGCGAUCUGUUCGGGCAUUAUACCUGCUGAAUUUCCGACAAAGAAGAGUUGAGGAAAGGACAGAAUAUGGAAAGGAUAAAGUUCACGGACGGGUGAUGGGAUAUAAAGAGAGUCACCACAUACACUUAAUGCUCGCAGAAUCAUAAAAGUAAUGAGACAACAUGACAUCAGCUGUUGCUCUUUGCGCCUCCCAGCCAGGGUUGCCGCUUACUACACUCAGUAUAGUAGUAUAGUAUAGUACCUAUAAAUAAACCCACUAUACUCUA